AUGAUAAACCCCGAUAAGUUCCAAUUUGCACAACGGAGCGUAGACUUUGCCGGUUUCAGAGUGUCAUCCUCAACCAUCGAACCACUCCCGAAAUACCUCGAUGCUAUCAGAGACUUCCCCUCCCCCACCUCCACCACAGAUAUCCGGAGCUGGUUCGGUCUUGUCAACCAGGUCACCAACUACGCACAGCUACGCGACGUAAUGGCCCCCUUUAAACCUUUGGUCAGUCCUCGCUGCAAAUUCCACUGGUCGCCCGAGUUAGAGGACGCUUUUACAACAUCGAAAGAAGCCAUCGUAGAAGCCAUCCGCAAGGGGGUGCAGAUCUUUGAUAUACAUAAGCAAACCUGUCUCCGCCCAGACUGGUCAAGACGAGGUAUUGGUUACUUCUUGCUCCAGCAGCACUGCAGCUGCCCUUCUGGUAUACCAGAAUGCUGCCCUGGAGGAUGGCACAUCACCUUGGCCGGCUCACGGUUCCUCUCUUCAGCCGAGGAACGCUACGCCGCGAUUGAAGGGGAAGCACUUGCUGUGGCAUGGGGUCUUGAACAGACACGCUACUUUACACAAGAGGUGCGACAACCUUGUCGUAAUCACGGACCACAGACCACUUGUGAAGAUCUUUGGUGACCGCACGCUGGACGAGAUAUCCAACUCGCGAUUGUUCCAGCUUAAAAACGCACCCUCCAGUGGCGUUUCGUCAUCAAGCACUUACCUGGGAAGACCAACCUCGCUGCUGACGCAACGUCAAGACACCCCUCGCCAUCAGGCUCAGUGAACACUGCUUCACUCGUAUUGUCCAGUUGCCCAGACUUCGUCGAAGCGGCGCUAAUGGCCUCCAUCCGACACGAUGCUCAAGAGCUUGGUACAAUCUCAUGGCCUCCUGUCGCACAAAAACCGCGGCGGACACAUACCUGA